AGUGUUCAAAUCUUGCACCAGGCUGCAGCACCAACCCGCACCAUCAUGGCAAUAACAGAGUUCCUAGCAGUUUCAGACAUCACAUCUGCAAUCAGUGCUUGCAAAGCAGAGGAUUCCUUCAGUGCAAAGAUGUUUUUCAACACAGUGGGUUUGACCAAGAAAAGUCCAAGAGAAAUCGAGAAGGUCUUUAAGAUUUUGGACCAGGACAAAAGCGGAUACAUAGAACAGGAUGAGUUACAACUGUUCUUGCAGAACUUCCGUGAAGGAGCGAGACCUCUGACUGCAGCCGAGACCAGAGCUUUUCUCCUGGAGGGAGACUCGGAUGGCGACGGGAAGAUCGGCUGGGAAGGUUGGUCUAACCGUAGAUACUGA